GUUGAAGAAUGGUAUUGAUAAUCAAUCUAGUAUCUUGAAGAGCGGCGCGACUGCAAUACCAUGAUUUCUAAUCCGCCUCAUGGACAAUGGUGCAAUAUGUGACCAGAGGGCUGUCGAGCUGUGCUGCUGUUUAUCUAACUAUAUAAUGAUGCCGUACCAGCACGUGUUGGAUGAGAGAGAGCAGACGAAGUAGACCAGUUUUCCAUCUUAUACAUCUUGUUACCACCAUCGACUUGCAGAUCGAGAGACCUUCCCAGUGCUACCCAGUAACAGACAGUCAAGAUGCCCGAGUUCGUCAACGUUCCCACUUAUACCAAGAAAUUUCACCACGAGCCCUAUGAGGCAAUCUCCCCUACUCGUCCUGAGCUCUCGACCAAGGGGAAGAAUGUUGUCAUCACUGGCGGAGGAGGAGAGAUUGGAGCGGCCAUUGCUUUGACUUUCGCCCAGUCUGGUGCUUCAAGCAUCGCCCUUUUGGGACGUACCGAGGCGACUCUGCUUAAGAGCAAGCAGGCUAUCGACUCAAAAUACCCCGAGACUACUGUCCACAUCAUCACGGCUGACGUUGCUGACGAGGCAUCUGUAACCGCUGCUCUCAGCAAGUUUGCAUCCGUUGCGGGCAAGAAGCUUGACAUUCUUGUUGCUAACGCUGCGGUUCUGCCUGAUCCGGGAACGCUGCUGGGGACCGAAUCAUCUCUGUGGUGGUCUGGAUUCGAGAUCAACGUCAGAGGACAGUUCAACCUCGUCCGAGCGUUCGUGCCUCUUGCUGAGAAGAAUGCAACUGUCAUCAACGUGACGUCUUCAGUUGCCCAAUUUCCCUUUGUUCCCGGGUCUAGUAGCUACCACGGCUCCAAGUUGGCGGGCGUCAAGAUUUUCGAUUAUCUGCAUUUCGAGAAUCCCGACUUGAGGGUGCUGCAGUUCCACCCCGGCGUGGUGCAGAGCAGCAUGUCGCAAAAGUCAUUUGAUACUGGCAUUCCAAGGCCUACCAUGGAUUCCCCUUUCCUGCCUGGCGCUUUUGCCGUUUGGUGUGCUAGUGCAGAAUCGGAGAGCCUGCGAGGCAAAUUUUUGUGGGCAAACUGGGACGUGGAGGAGCUCAAGGAAAUUGUCAAGACAUUUGAAGGCGCUCCGCAGCUGACAUUUGGUCUUCUUGGCUGGCCGUAG